AUGGCUGCCUCGGAAUCGGUCUGGGCCUUUGUCGCCAAGGAAAACGGCGACGACGGCGUCAUCGUCAAAGGUGCCGAGCCGCCCACCUCAGCAGCAGAGCACAUCCAAGCUCGGUGUGCUCGAGUAGUCCCGCUAAUUCAGGCCAACCCAGAUCAGCCAAAGCUCGAUCUCGAUCUCUACAUCCAGAAUUACAGAGGCCGAACCCGGUUCGAGCGACUUCUCUUCAUCGGCAAGACAUGCAUCCCACUAUGCGUCGAGGCUCUCAAAGCAGCCGUCAGCGAGGCCAAGAAGGGCUCGGACGUUUCCCGCUAUAAGGAAGCUUGGGAAUGCAUCCGGCGAGCCGCCCCAGACGAGCCCGAGGCCCAGCGUGACGAAGCCUGGAUAGACCGCAUGGAGGCGGCAAACAAGGCCGAGACGGCGCGCCUCGAGGCAGAGCUCAAGGGCUACAAGAACAAUCUGAUCAAGGAGAGCAUCAGGAUGGGCAACGAAGACCUUGGCCAACACUUCGAGAACAUUGGAAGGCUCGAGGCCGCCUCUGACUACUAUUCACGGAUGCGCCAAGACGUUAGCACCACCAGGCACAUCAUAGACUGUGGCCAGCGUCUCGCCAAUGUCUCCCUCGAACGCAAGGACUGGCACAUGGUCUUGACAAACAUCGGAAAGGUUACUAGUCUGCCGGGCUCAGGGCUCGACCCUGCUACCGACCUUGACGCGUUUGCAUAUAUCCAGACCAUUUCAGGGCUUGCAUGGCUAGGCUUGGGUAACUACGCCGAGGCUACAGCCCGGUUUCUCAAUGUGCCAAAUGAGAUCCUUGCGAAGCCCAGCCUCAUCUCAAGCCUCGCGACACCCAGCGACAUCGUCACCUAUGGCAGCCUGACGGCCCUGGCCAGCCUGGACAGGGAGCAACUACAGAAGAACUGCCUCAAUUGCUACAUGUUCCGGCCUCUUUUUGAAGCAGAGCCGCACCUCCGCAAGGCCCUCAGCCACUUUGUCAACGGCCGAUAUUCCAGCUGCUUGUCGAUACUGGAAUCCGCGCGCUCCGAGUACCUGCUCGACAUUCACCUUCACAAGCACGUCCCGGCACUUUUCGCCCUCAUCCGGAGCAAAUGCAUCCAACAGUACCUCGUUCCCUUUUCCUGCGCCACCAUUGAGAGCUUGGAGGCUGCUUUUUGCAAGCCGGGCCAGUCCAUCGAGGCAGAGCUCGUCGAGAUGAUUCGCGGCGGAAAGCUCAAUGCGCGCAUUGACAGCAAGGAAAAGCUUGUGAUUGCUGUUCGCCCUGAUGCGCGCACCGAGAUGCAAGCCGAGGCUCUCAAGGCAGCCCGCGAGUACGAGAAAGAGGCCAAGGAGCGUCUCCGGCGCAUCAGCCUCGUGAGCGCCGGCCUCGAGGUUGUUCCCGCAAAGCGGUCGCACGACAUAGCGCCUGGAAUCAGCCACGAUGAGUCCUGGUUUGAAGAGAGCCGGAGCCUCGCCUCGGCUGGCGCAGGCCCCGUCGAGGGCCGGGGUUGA